CUUUUAUAUAUAAAUUUAUAUAUAUAGAUUGUCCCCUCUCUCUCUCUUCUUUAAUUCUUUUCUUCUUCUUUUCCAUCUUUCAUACCCUUUUUAUUUCCUUCCAUAUUAUUACCUUUUAUUAUUAUUAUUAUUAUUAUUAACAACAACAAUAAUAAUGAGAGAAUACAAACUAGUAGUAUUAGGCUCUGGUGGUGUUGGUAAAUCUGCUUUGACUGUGCAAUUUGUUCAAUCUAUUUUUGUUGAAAAAUAUGAUCCUACUAUUGAAGAUUCUUAUCGAAAACAAGUAGAAGUAGAUGGACAACAAUGUAUGUUAGAAAUCUUGGAUACAGCUGGUACUGAACAAUUCACUGCUAUGCGCGAUCUUUAUAUGAAAAAUGGACAAGGUUUUAUUUUGGUAUUCUCUAUUACAAGUAUGGUGACUUUAACAGAUUUACAUGAACUUAAAGAACAAAUCUUACGUGUAAAAGAUACUGAAAAUGUACCUAUGGUAUUAGUAGGAAAUAAAUGUGAUUUAGAAGAUGAACGUGCUGUAUCAAGGGAACAAGGUAUGAUGUUAUCUCAAAAAUGGGGUGGUAAACCAUUCUAUGAAACUUCUGCUCGAUUCAAGAUUAAUGUCGAUGAAGUCUUUUAUGAUGUGGUACGACAAAUUAACAAACAAAUGCCUACUAAGGAUAAGACAAAGAAGAAAUUCAAGUGUUUGAUACUAUGAUUCUCUCCUUUUUUAUUAUUAUUAUUAUUCCUCCUUACAAUCCUUUUUUCUUACUCUCUCUCUCUCUCCCUUCUUUUAUAUCAAAAAUAACCAAAAAAAAAUAUUCAUAUUCUAUUAUUUUUAUUAUUAUUCAAACGUUUAUUCUUAUUCUUUUAUCGUGUAUUUCUUUCACUUAUAUAUUAUUUUAUCUUUCUAUCUCCCCCCUAACUUCUUUUAUAAUCUUGUAUCUUUCGAUUUCUUCUUCUUAUUUCCUCAUUUCUUAUUCCAAUACAAUUUUAUACACCCUUAUUUCCUUUUUAUCAUAUAUCUUCUUAUUAUUAUUACAAUUCAUCAAUCACUCCUUCAAUAAAAUCAAU